AACCCUAUAAUCAUUAAAUAAACGAUAAAUGAUUUUAUUUAAAGUUUUUAUUUUGUUGCUACCUUUCUUUGUUCAUAGUGAAUCGAUUACAAGGAUUCGAUUAUAUUCAUCACAUCAUUUAAACUUAUCUUAUUAUCCAUUAAAUUAUCAAUGGAAUUUAUCAGCUGAACAAUUCAUAAAUAAAUGGUUACAAAGAUUGACAUCAUCAAAAAAUGGAAUAGAUAUUGAAUAUUUAGAAAAUUACCAAAAUAUUGAAUAUUAUGGAGAGAUUUCUAUUGGGACACCACCUCAAACAUUUCAUGUGAUAUUCGAUACAGGAUCACCAUAUUUAUGGAUCCCAUCUAAAAAGUGUGAUCCUAGUAAUUUAGCUUGUCAAUUACAUCAUAAAUAUGAUAGUUCAAAAUCUUUAACUUAUAAACCGAAUGGUGCAUUAUUUUAUGUUCAAUAUGGUACUGGAACAGCAUCAGGAUUUUUAAGUUCAGAUUGUGUUCAUAUAGGCUCAUUGAAUAUUGUAGAUCAAACAUUUGGUGAAGUAAUUAAUCAACCUGGUAAAGUAUUUGUAAAUUUUCAUUUUGAUGGAAUUAUGGGUAUGGGAUUUCAACAAACUUCACAAAAUUCUAAUCCAACACCUAUAUUUAUGAAUAUGAUUAAACAGAAUUUAGUUGAUAAACCUGUAUUUUCAGUUUACCUAAAUCUUAAUGAAGAUAAAACAACUAGUGGAGAAAUAAUGUUUGGUGGCAUUGAUGAUAGAUAUUAUACUGGCAAUUUAACUUAUUCGGACGUUGUAAGUGAAGAAUAUUGGAUGAUUAACAUAGAUGGUAUAUCAAUCAAUGGUGAAAUAUUUUGUCCAAGUGGAAGUAUUGCAUUAAUCGAUACAGGUACAGCUUUAAUAUCAGGUCCAACUGAAAAAAUUAAUAACAUCAAUAAAUAUCUUGGAAGUAUACAAGUAUCUAAUAAUGAAUACAUUGUGGAUUGUAAUAAAAUUCCCAAAUUACCAAUAAUUGAAAUAAAAAUUAAUGGUAAAUCUAUUCAAUUGAAAGCAGAUGAUUAUAUUGUUGAGAAAGUUUCAAAUGGUUCACGAAUUUGCAGAACUUGCUUCAUUGGUACUGACUUUCCAAGUGGACCGUUAUGGAUAUUUGGGGACGUAUUUUUAAGAAAAGUUUAUACAGUAUUUGAUGUUGGCCAACGGCGAGUAGGAAUUGCUGAGGUCACAGCAAAUGUUAAGUCCUCGUAAACAAAAAUAAUAUUUGUGGGACAGUCAAUAAUUCUCUUUCCAUUUUGUUUUGUAUUUCUGAAGUAAUAUUUCUGAACUGAAUUAUCUGGUUAACAAUAUAUGAAACGAUAAAGAACGUCGUUUUGAUUUUAAGUGACUGAGCUUCCUAUUUCUUUUUUACUUAUACUGCAUUGUUGCUUGCUUUUUCAUUUUCUCAAUUGUAUAAACAAACAAAACACCAUACUGAGAACUUCCUGUUUACUAAUAAGCAGUAGCAGUUAAGACUACCGAAGUGAGCAAUUAUAAAUUUUCACCAAUUUACAUCAAACUCCUCAUCAGUCCUAGAUAAUCGUAUUUUAUGUUGAACAGUCAUAUGAUGAAAUAUCUAAAGUGUUGUAGUCGGUAAAAUAAAAAAACUAUACAAAAUAUUAUUGAUAGUACAAUAAUACACUGAAAAAAUCAGAAUUGUCUACUCCCUCAUUCACGGACAUCAACAAAAAGGUAUCUAUUCAGUGUUGUAUAACAGAAUGGGUACUUUGAUAGAAAUAUUAAGUCAUGUCUCAUCAGGCUUUCAAAUAAGCGCUUGACUCAUGAUGCAGUUUGGUGAUUUCCGUAGUGUAUGU